CUUCUUCCGGGUAACACAGAGACCAGCACCCCAGGAACAAACCUAAGGCCACUAAGACUUGAAUAACUUUGAAGAUGUCUGGAAGAGGCAAAACCGGAGGAAAGGCCCGCGCCAAGGCGAAGACGAGGAGUUCCCGCGCUGGACUGCAGUUCCCCGUCGGUCGUGUUCACCGUCUGCUGAGGAAGGGGAAUUAUGCUGAACGUGUUGGUGCCGGUGCUCCCGUCUACCUUGCUGCUGUCCUCGAAUACCUCACCGCUGAGAUUCUCGAGUUGGCUGGAAACGCUGCCAGGGACAACAAGAAAACCCGUAUCAUCCCCCGUCAUUUACAGCUGGCUGUGAGAAACGACGAGGAGUUGAACAAGUUGCUCGGCGGCGUGACCAUUGCACAGGGCGGCGUGCUCCCCAACAUUCAAGCUGUGCUGCUUCCCAAGAAAACUGGACAGGCUGCCCCAAGCUCAGGGAAGGCUGGCAAGAAGGGUGCUUCUCAGUCUCAAGAAUAUUAGAUGGCGUGGCCUGACUCUGGACUGAAUCCUAAAAGGCCUGCUUAGUGCCUGAUCAUGUUUCUCUGUUUCUUGUUGCUUUUGUGUUCGUGAUGGCGCUUUUAUAUUCUGUGAACAUUAAACACGCGAGGUUUUUUAAGAA